GAAUUCAAUUCGAUGCCAGAUUCCCGGACUUUGCGUAUGUGUGCCAAUUUUGCUAUAUAAGGAAAUGAUGUUGAGGCGUUCCAUCAUUCGUAAAGUGCGGUUUUCCUCGUCGAUCGCAGCUUUCCGUCUAUUCCUCUUCAUUCUCUUCAACGUUAGUAACUAGGAUGAAGGUACUGUUGAUCGUGGUCGUAUUACUCAUAGCCGUCGAAGCUCAUCAGGGAUGGCCUUUUCAUGGCCCUGGUGUCGGAUAUGGAAGAGGAAAUAAACCUGGCCGAGGUCCUUGGGCAUAUCCACAGCAACAGAAUCCAAAUAACUUAUUUGAUUCCAAUGUCGAAUGGGUGUGCCAAAAUCCGAAAACAAAUGAUAUAAUGAUUAUCGCCACCGACAAUACACGACAAGACUAUCCUGGUAGAGGACCAUGGCAAUGGCAGAAUCCACCGGGUCAUCAAGGGCAGAAUCCACCGGGUCAUCAAGGGCAGAAUCCACCGGGUCAUCACCAGCAAGGAAAUCAAUGGACACAACCGAUUAUCAUUCAACAAGAACCUACAAACACUCAUAAUAAUAAUAAUAACCAAUUACCACCGCUAUUCCCGCAAACAUCAGAAACUCCUAACAAUAAUAAUAAUAAUAAUAAUAAUGAUGAUCAAUCACAAACUACGCCGCAUUAUCACGGCGGAGAAGGAAUGAUAGAUAUUAGAGUCGCACCAUAAUGUAAAAAAAUAUUUUUUUACAUCAUGUACGAAAAUAUCUUCUUACAUCAUGCAUAAUAAAAAUAUAACAUAGAAUAAUAAAUAUAUAAAGAUUUUGACGUGAGAUUUAUAUUACUUGAGAAGAAAUACUACUUUUAUAAU